AUGGCGGGCGACGACGAGGCGAGCGAAAAACAACAGAGCGCGUUGGCCGCGAGGGCCGCGAGGGCGGCGGCGUCGUUGCCGUCGUUCGAUCGGUUCGAGCGCGAUGCGGCGAACGAGGCGGCGAAAGAGGCGGCGGCGGCUAAGAGCUUAAGAGGCGGCGGCGAAAGCAGCGGCGAUCGCCGCGCGUGGGUGCCCGCCGUGAGUCCUCAAGGAACGGCGUUCACCUCGCGCGCGCGGUCGUACGGGGACCAGUCUGAAGAAGAAGCCCGAGCGCGCGAUCCUCUCGGCGCGUUCCCGUCGACGGUGACGACGACGCUGACGUCCAAGGGCGGAGUGUUCUGGUUUCACGACGACGACGACGACGGCGGCGACGGCGGCGACCGCGAGCCCCGCCCCGAAGCGGCGACCCCGCCGCCGCGGAGGAGGCGACUGAAAAAGCCGACGCCCGCGGCGGAUGCGCUCGCGUCGCUCGCGCCGAUCCUCCGCGACAGCGAGAUUCGCCUCGCCGCGGUGCGCGCGCGCGCGAAGGAGUACCUCGGCCUGGAAGUGCGCGAGGCGUUCGGGGAAGGCGAUCACGCGCUGCACGGUUGGUGA